AUGUCAAUAGAAAGGGACCCAUUUCAAGAGAUAGGGAAGAAGAUCAAAAGAGAAGCAGAUGCUUGGCCUUAUCAGAUGGCAGGAAUUAGAAGACCAAUGUUGGGUCCUCCCGGAACACUCAAUACUAUUACUCCUUGUGCGGCUUGCAAGCUUUUGCGCCGUAGAUGCGCUCAAGAAUGUCCCUUUUCGCCUUAUUUCUCUCCACACGAGCCUCAUAAGUUCGCAUCAGUCCACAAAGUCUUUGGAGCUAGUAACGUCUCCAAGAUGCUAAUGGAAGUACCAGAAAGUCAGAGAGCAGACGCAGCGAAUAGCCUUGUGUAUGAAGCAAACGUGAGGCUAAGAGAUCCGGUUUACGGAUGCAUGGGAGCAAUCUCAGCUCUACAACAACAAGUCCAAGCUUUACAAGCCGAGCUCACGGCGGUACGAUCUGAGAUUCUCAAGUACAAGCAACGAGAAGCUGUCGCCACUUUGAUCGUACCUUCCAACUCCCAAGUUGCCGGAUUCCGAAACUCUGGCGGCGUCUCCGUGAUUGCACCACCACCACCACAAACACCGUCAACUCCACCACAACCUACGGCGGUUCACCCUCCUCCUGCUCCAUCUUCUUGUGUUUUCUCUCAACCAACCACAAGAACCUUAGAAUAUGGCGACAUUGAAAGUGAGAACAACUCCUACUUCGGUUAA